UGUAAAUAAAUUAUUAAACUUCAAAAUGUCUCUUCAAAGAGAAAAUUUUAUAUUACAGAAUUUGUUGCAGACCAAGAUAAUCUUACAUAAAACCCCGACAAAAACUUUAAACUUGCCGACUGCUCGUUUCAUGUCGAAAUAUGGAACACCAAGGAGCGUACAGAAUUUGUUGCAGACCAAAAAAAUCUUUCAUAAAACCCCGAUAAAAAUUUUAAACUUACCGACUGCUCGCUUUAUGUCGGAAUAUGGAACACCGGGAAGCACUUUACCCUUUUGUAAAUCAUUGGGAAGACCUGGUAAAAUUACUUUGAUUUUCGUUUUAUUUUUUGGAUCAGCCUGGUGGGCCGGUCCCCUUGCGUUUGUGUACAUGAUGUUAAAAUAAAAAUAACUUGCCCUUUUCAAUUAACAACAGAGUUAAGUUGACAGCAUUAUUUAUUGCAUUCUUCGGUUCAGGAUUUGGAGCUCCUUUCCUUAUUUUAAGGCAUCAACUCGUCAAGGCCUAAGUAGUUUUAUUCAUUAGUCAUUAUAGGAAAAUUUAAGUAUAUAUACUUUAAUAUAUUGAUGUCUUAACUAUGUAAAUUGUACAUUAAAUAAAAAAUAAUAAAAAAUUG